UCAAUCCCGUCCUCCUUCGGCGCUGGCUAUUCGAGUAUUUAUGCUCUUCCCCGUUCUCCUGUGAGCAGGUUUAUAUCUUGGCAUACCUCAAACGCGAAACGUGCUCAAUUGAGCGCAGUCUGCGAAGGGGCACCCCGUCCUAUGCUUCGAACAGUCUAACCAGAUGGCACCACCACCCUUGUCCACAACCUCCACUGUACGGCGACUUUCCAGCACCUUUUUCAAUGGCGCCAUCUCGACGGCUGCAUCCCCCCUAAAUGCAUCGUUCAAUCUCUCUUGUCGCUCCCCAGUCCGGCCGUCGUAUGGUGCCGACGCCAGAAGAAGCACAGAUACAAGGAGUGUCAGUGCAAGGCACGGUGACGACCAGUACUCAGAGGGUUCCGGGUCUUUCCUGCUGAGUGUCAGAACGCCCAACUCAGCAGGCGCUUGGGGCGAGCUUGAUGAUAACUACGAUGAGGAUGCCAAGAGCACCCUAUCAGAAGACUCGCCGACGGACCAAACCUGGUUCCUUCCACCACAAUCACCGGGAAUCCAGUAUGGCGGGUUCAGACGGGAAGAUGGCAAACUUGGAGUCAUAUCUGCCAUCAACAUCAUAGUUGGCAAGACAAUUGGCGUAGGGGCCUAUACGGUGCCACCUGCCAUCUUCGCCGGAGUCGGUUCUGUGGGCAUGACCCUGUUACUAUGGGUCAUCGGCAGCCUGAUAUCCUUCUGCGGCCUCGCCGUAUAUCUUGAUCUUGGUACCGCCAUGCCUCGGAGUGGUGGUGAACGUAUCUACCUAGAGCGCAUGUUCAAGAAGCCGUACAUGCUCGCCACAUGCAUGUUUAUGGCGUACGCGGUCCUCCUCGGCUUCUCCACGCCAAAUGCCAUUGUGCUUGGCGAGUAUGUCCUUUACGCCUUGGACAUCGAGGUGAACCGGUGGAAUGUGAGAGCAAUCGCAGUAGCCACUGUCUCCUGCCUCUGCUACACUCACGCAAAGCAUCCAAAAAUUGGCCUGUAUUUGAUCAAUAUUUUCGGCGUCAUGAAGAUGCUGAUGCUUGCGAUCGUCGUACUGUCUGGGUUUGCUGGGGGUAUCCUGGGAACCAGGGCAGACCGGGAAAUGUUAACGACACGAAGAAUGGACCCCCUUUUUACCGACGCUGUCCCUCAAAGUACUGCUCAGCAAAACUUCAGCAACAUAUGGGCUGGUUCGUCAACACAGCCGUAUGAUUACGCAACGGCGCUCCUGAAGAUUAUCUACUGUUUCAGGGGCUACAGCACCGCGAACCAGGUUCUCUCAGAUGUCAAGAACCCAGUCCGGACACUCAAGGUAGCCGCGCCGGUCGCAUUGACACUCAUUUCCUUGGCAUAUCUCGCCAUAAACGUCGCUUUCUUCCUAGUGGUCGACAAGGACGACCUCCGGUCUGCGGGAGUCGUGACUGCUGGCAUCUUCUUCCGCAACGUCUUCGGUCCCGGGAUCGGAGCACGCUUCCUCCCCAUGUUUGUCAUCAUCUCAGCCGCGGGGAACAUUGCCGCCACGAGCUUUGUCCAGGCACGGGUAAAUGAGGAGCUUGCAAAAGAUGGUCUUCUUCCAUGGUCUGACUUCUGGACGAGCUCGCAUCCGUCGUCUCCCUCCCCUCCUCCCAGCCCAUCCAUCCCACUCCCAACGACCAUCCUCCCCAAACUCCGCCUCACUCCUCCCGAGACAGACCACCACGGCAACGACACCACUGCCAUCACGGCCGCCGCCCCCACCCCGCCCUCCCGCGGCCUCUUGCUCCACUGGCUCAUCUCCACCCUCGCCAUCGUCCUCCCUCCCAGCGGGCCCAUCUACGCCUUCCUCGUCGACGUCGGCGGCUACCCCGUCUCAGCCCUCGGCCUCGCCCUCGGCGCGGGUCUCCUGCUCCUGCGCGCCACGGGCAGCUGGUCCCCGGCCUUCCGCGCCCCGCGCCUCGCCAUCGUCGUCUCCGCCGCCGCCAACUGCCUCCUGCUGCUGCUGCCCUGGGUGCCGCCCUCGCCCGCCGCCGGAGACGGAGGCGCCGCAGCGGGGGGCGGCGGCCGGUUCGUCUGGUUCGCCUACCCGGCUACGGCGCUGGCGGUGCUGGGCGCCGGGGCCGCGUGGUGGGUCUGGUGGGCUCGGUGGGGGGCGGGUCGGAGGGCGCGCCCGGGGUUGAUACGGGGUGGGGAUCUGGAUGAAUGGAGGUGA